UAACUAAAAUUGUCAGCUGUCUCCUGAUUAACGAAAUAAAUAUUAUUUGUCUCGCAUAUAUAAAUGCUCACAUUUAAUUCAUCGAAAUCUAGUUAACGACAUGGCGGGCAACAAUGUUGAUCAGCCGCAAAACAACGACCAGAAAUUGGAAGACACAACAACUGAAGUUGAGGAAAUGAAAUCUCUGUUGGAAAAGGAGAAACGCAAUCAUGUGACUUUGCUGAACAAACUGAAAAUGCAUGACAACUCAACGCAAGUGACCAUCCAGAAUCUUCAGAAGAGACUGGAUGAGCUUGAGAAGGACCAACAGCUGGUGCUCAAUCAACUUUUGGAUGAAGAACGUUCUCACAUUGUCGCCACGGAAGAGCUUAAGACAUUUCUCGCUAAUCCUGCUGACGAUAUUACUUGUAUUAUUUGUCUGUGUUCUUGGGAAUCGACUGGGCCUCAUCGUGUAGCCUCGCUGCCAUGUGGACAUAUUUUUGGGAUGUCCUGCAUUCAACAAUGUGUACUCCGAACGCAACUUUGCCCUCAGUGCAGAGCUCCAGUGUGUUAUUGUGACAUACUUUGCCACCCGCCCUCGUGAUUACUUAAAUAGCGCGUUU